AUGAAACAAUUAUAUAAAUCGUAUAUUACAUUACUUUCUAAAUGGCCUAAAGAUCCAACAAAAGAAGGAGAAAGAUGUUUACCAACUUUUCUUCAAAAAGAGGUAAAAAGAAUUUUUCAUGAAAUAAAAAUGGAAGAAAAAAAAAUUGAUAAAACUCUGUGUAAUGAACGACUAAUAGCACUUAAGAAAAUUGUUGAUAAUACAUAUCUUCAAGCAUAUCCAACUAGAUAUAAAUCUGGAAUUUUUGGUUUCGGAGCAAAAGAUUUAGAAGAUAUUAAUAGUACUAAAUCAAGACAAAAAUUAGGAUUAGAAAGAAAACCUACACUUUGGCAAAGAAUUACUGGAAAAAAAUCCAAUUAA